AUGCACGAACAAACCAAAACCUUCAUCGCUCGUGUGGGAGAAUACUUCUCCUUGGCCGAAAGCCCUGCCCUCGCCUCAACCCUCGAAGCUACAAUCGACGGCCUGAAAAAACCUAGCUGCUCAACUCCCGUAGAUUCCGACCCAGUUACCCUCAUCGGCUACCUCUUCAACAUCACCCUGAUCAUCCCCGGACCCCCAUCCGACUCUGACGAUGAAGAUGAUACACUCAGCAAGAUUAUCACCGGGUUGAAAGAAGUUGAAAAUAGCGCUGUAAAACACGCGCUAUGCAAUGUCCUCGUCGAUCUGGAGAUCCUAGUGUGGGAUGAGAAGGAUGAGUAUCCAGUGUAUGAGAUUGGCUUGAGGGAAGCGGUUAUGCAGGCUUAUGAAGUUUUGGCGCGGAUGAAGGAGAAAGGAGAGAGUUUGACGGUUUUAUUGAUUAAGGAUAGCCGUGAAGUGUGA